AUGGUCGGGGAAGACAUUCUGAAUGAGGACUGCGGCCUGCGAGCACGGAAUGCUGGAGUCACAGAGCUGGCUAAGGACGCCGCGCGCGAUGGAAAGCCUCAGUCCGGGCGCUUCUUUGGCGCGGAGUGGGAUAAAGCUGGGAGCAGCUGCCCCUGGCCAAGCUUCGACAGGUUCCCUGAACAUCUGCGAGUGGGUCCAUGGUCGCCUUUGGCCUAUGUCUUCCUGGCGGCGUUUGUCGGUUUCGUCGUGAUAUCGGCUCCCUGGGCUUACGACGAUUUGUCCAAGCUCAGCGGUGUUGCAGAAAGCCCGCUGAUUCGAUUCUUGCACGGUGCAGGCGCCCUGUACAUGUCGGCUGUCAUGCUUUACACUUGCAAAACGACGGGGCUGUGGCCUUUUGUCAGCUACACGGCCAUCUCUUACGCGCUUCUGACUCUCCGCUUCAUCUUCGUGAGCCUUGGCUUUCAAGCCGCCGAGAUCUUGCGCUUCCCGGUCAUUGCAAUGGCCACCGUCACUAGCACGGUCUGGUGGCUGGUCCUGUUCCCACUCAUCCUGGCGUGCGCCGCGGCUGAGCAUCGGCGGGCUUUCUUGAAAAUGAACUUCAGCGUGUUCCUCCUGAACAUGCACCUCCUCAAUCUGCCCGUAGCUUUGGCAAGCCAGUGGAGCCACUGGCGACCUUUGUUUUUCUUGGAUUUCUGGGUCGCUGCGGUCCUUGCCCUUGUUUAUUUGUUCUUCUACCUGCUGGUUAUGGAUGCAAACGGCUUGCACCUGUACAUCAUCCUGAGUCCGCGCCCUUGGUGGUGUGUCAUUUGUUAUGGCAGCAUCUUGCUACUCUACGCGCAGCUCCAUCGGCUUUUUGGAUCUUGA